AUGAAAAAGUAUAAAAAGCUCUUCAUGAAACACGAUGAAGAACGAUUCAAGAAGUAUCUAGAGAGCGUCAAGAGAGGUGAUGCGAAAAUCGCAGCUGCAGAACUGCUUCCUUGUGAUAUUUAUGAGGGAACAGGUUGCUUUGUUGCAGAACUUCAAUGGCAAAGAAUGGUUAAUGAUUUAUUGGAAAAGGGAAAAUUGAAAGACUGUCUUGCAAUCUGUGAUGUAUCCGGGAGUAUGGUAGGACCUCCACUGCAAGCAUCUCUAGCUCUUGGUUUGUUGAUUUCAGAAAUUAGUGAAGAUCCAUGGAAAGAUUUUCAGAAAGUAUUCGACACAAUACUACAAGUAGUCAUUGAUGGAAACUUGAAAGAAGAUCAGGUGAUAAAGAGAGUAUUUGUGUUUAGUGAUAUGCGAUUCGACAAAGCUUCAAAAAAUUACUUCGAGUGGGCCGCCGAUCAUCCAACACUCGAUACAGCUUUCAGUUGGGAAACAGAUUAUGAAACAAUAAAGAGAAUGUUCAGAGAGAGCGGGUACAUGUCUGUUCCUGAGAUUGUGUUUUGGAACCUAAGAAGCUCAGGAGCAACUCCGGUGACUUGGGAACAGAAAGAUGGUGGAGAUUUGAAUGGUUUGACACCAAUUUCUGUAAUGAAGAAAGCAAUCUCUGGCGAGGAAUACGAUAAACUUGUUGUAAUUAAUUGA